AUGAAUCGGCAACUGAACAUCAAGCCUGGUGGUGACAAGGGUGGCUUCAGUGGGCACUCAGCAGUGGUGCUGAGGCAGGCUCUGGGCAGUGCUGCUUCUUACCGUGCAGUUGGCAAAGGACCUGGGGCUGGCUUUGGCAGUCGGAGCCUCUACAGUCUUGGAGGGAAUCGGUGUAUUUCCCUCAACAUGGCUGCUGGUGGUGUUCGGACUGGAGGUUAUAAUUUUGGAGCUGGCUCUGGGUAUGGAGGGGGGAGGGCCACUGGCUUUGCUGGCAGCAUGUUUGGCAGUGUGGCCUCAGGGCCUGUGUGCCCAUCCAUGUGCCCACCUGGGGGCAUCUACCGGGUCACCAUCAACAAGAGUCUCCUGGCCCCCCUCAACAUGGAGCUGGACCCGGAGAUCCAGAGAGUGCGUAUCCAGGAGCGGGAGCAGAUCAAGGCUCUGAAUGACAAGUUUGCCUCCUUCAUUGAUAAGGUGCGGUUCCUGGAGCAGCAGAACCAGGUGCUGGAGACCAAGUGGGAGCUGCUGCAGCAGCUGGACCUGAACAACUGCAGGAAGAACCUGGAGCCCAUCCUCGAGGGCUACAUCAGCAACCUGCGGAAGCAGCUGGAGACGCUGUCCGGGGACAGGGUGCGGCUGGACUCGGAGCUGAGGAGCGUGCGGGACGUGGUGGAGGACUACAAGAGGAGGUAUGAGGUGGAGAUUAGUCGGCGCACAGCAGCUGAGAACGAUUUUGUGGUGCUCAAGAAGGAUGCAGAUGCAGCCUACACAGUGAAGGUGGAGCUCCAGGCCAAAGUAGAUUCUCUGGACAAAGACAUCAAGUUCCUCAAGUGUUUGUAUGAAAUGGAGAUGGCCCAGAUUCAGACUCAUGCCAGUGAAACCUCUGUCAUCCUGUCCAUGGACAACAACCGGGACCUGGACCUGGACAGCAUCAUUGCCAAGGUCCGAGCUCAGUAUGAGGAGAUCGCCCUGAAAAGCAAGGCUGAAGCCGAGGCCCUAUACCAGAGCAAGAUCCAAGAGCUGCAGCUGACAGCAGGCCGGCAUGGUGAUGACCUCAAACACACCAAGAACGAGAUGUCAGAGCUGAACCGGCUUAUCCAGAGGAUCCGGUGUGAGAUUGCAAAUGUAAAGAAGCAGUGUGCCAACCUGGAGACAGCCAUCGCCGAUGCUGAGCAGCGGGGCGACUGUGCCCUGAAGGAUGCCCGGGCCAAGCUGGACGAGCUGGAGGCCGCCCUGCACCAGGCCAAGGAGGAGCUGGCCCGGAUGCUGCGCGAGUACCAGGAGCUCAUGAGCCUGAAGCUGGCCCUGGACGUGGAGAUCGCCACCUACCGCAAGCUGCUGGAGGGCGAGGAGUGCAGGAUGUCUGGUGAAAACCCAUCCUCCGUGAGCAUCUCCAUCAUCAGCAGCAGGGGAAGCAGCUACUACCACCCCAACUCUUCGUCCAGUGCCAAUGACGGGGCCAGCAGUGUGGUGGGCAGCUCCGGCAGCGCUCGGGCCGGGCAGACCAGGGCCAAGGGGGCACGCGGGGGAGACCUCAAGGACUGCCAAGACCUCAAGGUCAAGAGCUCCUCUGCCAGCGCCCCAGCCAGGAAAGCCGCCCGAUAAGCCCUGAGAGCCCCCUCCCCCCAGCACCGGGGAGAAGGGAUGCCCCUGCUGCCUCCACCCAGCCCAGAGAUGUCUACUGUCCCCCAUCCUCCCCGCCAAGUCCUGGGACCGUCUGUAGUGCACUCAGCCACCCGUGCUGUGGUUCCCCUCACUGUCCAGCUCUGACUGGCACCAUCGCCUCUCUGUCUCCUCAGGUCGGUCCCGUGUGGACUCUGUGACUUUUUGCUUUCCCUACCGCCUUCAGCUGACAGGAGGCUUUGGGACACAGCCUAUAAUUACCUUCUUGGCCCCGGGAACCUCUGGUCCUCCCCGGGGGCCGGAUUGGGGGGGGGCGGAGGAACAGUCAUGUUCUGCGCUUAGGCUGAAUCCGCAGCUGUCUGGGGGGUCCUGCCCCCAACCCCAGCUUUGGGGUGAGGAUGGAGAUGUGUGCCCAGGAGGCGAACGGUCAGCCAGGCUUUGCCUGUCCCCUCCAAAAGCUCUUUGCGGAAUGACCCCCUUAUUCAGGAGAAAAGGUGUACAUGCUCAGCACCAGCUGUACCCAUCUUUGCAAAGCCAAGUGACAGAGAACUCGGGGUUUCCUGCCACCUUGUGUCACCCACCCACUCCUCUGUUACUGGUAAGAGCUACUACCCUAUGUGGGUAGUGGCUGCUACGUGCCAGGCUCCCGGCAUGCGUUGGCUCUCGUGCUGGCCCAGUCUGCAAGGUGGGUGCAAUCGGCAUCCUUGGGACAGAGGAGAAGCCCCAGCCUCUGAGAGGCUGUAGAACCCGCCCCCCCAUUACCCACUAACUUCCCUGGGCCGGGAGUGGAGCCCAGGUCUGGCUGACUCCACGGUCUAUAUUCUUUCCAUGGCAUAUCACUGCCUCUGUAACAAAGGGAAUUUUUUCAAACACUCGGUUCUUUUGAUGAGGGCAGUGUGAUCAUGUUGCCUUUUGGUCAAGGACUGUGGGUACGUGAUUUAUCUUUAGUCCUCUCACUAGGAUUGUACCCUGCAGUGCUUGUGAUUCUCGAUUCCUGUUGCUAUGAGCUGUGUUCAGUGAGGGGAGCUUGAUCUAUCUCUGGUGGUACUGCCCAGCCCAGAAGUCAUGGCUCUUGAUGUAAAUAUUCCUAAGAAUAUUCCUCCUUUGCUCUAGUUAAAGACUCUGGAUU